CGCCUGUUCCGCUUACGUAGUUUCGUUUCAACGUCGCUGAACAUCACCGCCAUCGUAACUAACAUCCCCCCUGUUACCUCCUAGUUCUACCUCCGUCUCUCUUAGGAUACCACAUACGUAUAAUCCUCACCGUCAGUCCCAGCAGGCAGACGCAGCAGACAUGGCCCCCGUCCUCAUACCACCCACGGCCGGCGACGGCGACGCCGACCCUCCAGCCCCGCUCGUCACCUCGUGGCGCGUGCGCGCCGAGGCCGGCGAGCCCCAGGCCACCGUUCGCGUGCGCAACCUGCAGGGCGCCUUCGCCGUCGGCCGCGACGCCUGGGGCCGCGCGGGCAGGCUUCAGCCCGUGCUGCUGUCCGCCGAGGUGUCGUUUGCCCAGUCCUUCUCCUCUCCCUCCUCUGCCUCUGCCUCCGCCGAUACGGACGAGCUCGACGCCGGCACCGCCCACUACGGGACCCUGAGCAAGACGCUGCUCGGCGCUCUCGAGCUCUGGCGGCGCGGCGCGGACGACCCCCCCGGCGACGGCGCUGCCGCCGCGGCGCCGCGGACAGCCGACGUGCUCGAGCUCCUGUGGGCCCGCGUGACGGGCCGCGCCGUCGACGGGAGCCGCGUCGCCCUGCCCCCCGACCAGUUGCCGUUCCUCGACGCGGCGCGUCUGCGCGCGCUGUCGCUCACCGUUACCCUGCCUAAGGCCUCGCUGCUCGGCGCCGGCGUCAGCCUGACCGCUGCCGCGAGCUACCGGCACGGAGACGGCCGGGGGGCCGAGGGAGGAGCAGACGCCGCGAGAGGCGUCCAUGGGAACCCCCUCGGCGCCUACGCCCGCACCCUCCGCAUCGCCGGCCUCCGCGUGCCGACCCUCGUCGGCGUCAACCCCAACGAGCGCGGCGCCAAGCAGCUCCUCGUCGCCGACGUCGAGAUCGACCGCUUCGACGCCGUGGACGAUGUGCAUAGUGAACUCGAGAGACUCGUUGUUGAGACGAUGGAGUCCUCCUCUUUCAGGACCCUCGAGGCUCUCGCGUCCCGCGUGGCGGAGCGCAUCCUCUCCGACUUCCGGGUCGCCUCCCCCUCUACUACUGCCACUACUGCUGCUGCUGCUUCCAACUCCGUCGAGCCGCUCUCCGCGAGGCAGCGCGGCUGGCAGGUCAGGGUCGCUCUGGAGAAGCCGGUCGCGGUGCCCUUCGCGGAGUGCCCCGUCGUGGAGGUGACGAUGGGACCGUGAUGCCACGGUAGAGGCAUAUAGACGGAACAUGCGUGUGUUGCGUAGGCACAUGGGCAUCGCGAUAGGGACAGGGUCCAGUGCUGUAGGUACUACUCGUUUCUCACGGGUGCGAUGGCUAAAUAGGUACGAAUGGCGGUACGGCCGGCCCAUCGAUACACACGUGAAUGUCGGCUUAAGGAACCCCUUCAGCAACGUCGGCGACGGUGCCAUUUGCCGUGACCACCGGCUCCCCGCCUUGGGGCAUAAUUAGCCGCCGGGACGCAGAGGCCACCGGCCGGUAGCCCUUCAACCCAGGAGAAUACGAAGGCCGCUAUUUUAGUGACUCGCGGUUAUUACAGGUAGGUGAGCA